GUGACAUUUAAUUCAUUUGAAAUUCGAUUUUUUAAAAGUUGCAAAGCUCUUAUGGAUUCAAUUUAGUAUCGGUUUAUUUCCAUAAAAAACGGUCUUAGCAGUCGAUUUGAAAUUUCAACGUAAUUUCGGUGCGACGAGCAAUUAUUGUAAUAUUACAAUGAGUACGCCGAAAAUUGUAAAAGGUGGAAAACAUCAUUCAAGAAAGGAAAAGCGUAAGCACCAUGAAAAGAGUCAUCGAAAAGCUAAAGCAAGUGGCUCUGUAUUCGUCACGUACUUGCUAUACUUCUUUCAUCUCGUGAAAGACUUUCUGCUCAAUUUGUUCUGUAAAUGGUACUGGACCAAUCAGCCACUGUGUCCGCCUCUGACAAGGGAAGAGAAUUUCUUAACUUUCAGCGCCAUUGAUUUGGCAAGGAUGAUCAGAACGAAAGAGCUAUCUUCCUACAAAUUGGUCGAAAGUUACAUCAAUCGCAUGAACAAGAUUAAUCCAAUUUUGAAUGCGGUGGUUGAUGGACCGUUUAUGGAAGCCUUAAAUGAGGCUAAGUCGAUUGAUACGAGAAUCGAGAAUGGAUUAGUUACCGACGACGAGUUUAGGCAGAAACCAUUCCUUGGCGUUCCUUUCACAACGAAAGACAGCACGGCCGUUAACGGUAAACUGCAUACGCUGGGCUUACUAUCAAGGAAAACUGUUCGUUCGAAAGAGGACGCGGAAUGUAUACGAUUGGUCAAAGAGGCUGGUGGAAUAAUUCUCGCUACGAGUAACGUACCUGAAGUCAAUAAAUGGCAAGAAACGAGAAAUCUGUUGAUUGGCCAAACAAACAAUCCCUACGAUGUUCGAAGAACGGUUGGCGGAUCGUCCGGUGGUGAGGCUGCUUUAAUCGCUUCCUGUGCGAUACCAUUCGGAAUAGGAACCGACAUCGGUGGCUCGAUUCGUAUGCCUGCAUUCUAUUGUGGAAUAUUCGGUCACAAGCCAACAGUGGGCAUAGUCAAUACGAGAGGAUGUACUUUCCGUACGGGAAAAGAACAGUCUACAAUGGUUGUAGCCGGUCCUAUGACCAGAAAGGCGUGUGAUUUGUUGCCGUUGAUGCAAAUUUUAGUUGGACCGGAGACGUCCAAAUCGUUGAAAUUAAGCGAAAGAGUUGAUCUCAAAAAAUUGAGAUACUUUUACAUAAGGGAAAGCGGCGAGCUGCGAUGCAGUUCCGUGGUGUCGGAUCUGCAACGGGCAAUGACAAAGGUCGUUGACCACUUUAGCGAAGUGUCUGACGUGGAGCCAACGGUAGCAACUUUAUCAAACAUUGAAUACACAUCAAAGAUGUGGCGAUAUUGGAUGACCCAAGAGCCAGCCGACUUUAAUCGGCUCCUUGGCAACGGAGUCAAACUCAACGGUUUCAUGGAAUUGAUGAAAAAACUCAUUGGCAAAGGUGAAUUCACCAUGGCCUCGAUAUACUCAUUGAUCGACGAGCAUCUACCCAAGGAAAACGCCGACAAAAUUAAAGAACUCACCAGAAAAUGUGAUGAAGAACUAACGAAUCUACUGGGCGAUGACGGCAUUUUGUUCUAUCAUAGCGCGCCCAUACCAGCGCCAUUCCAUUUCACACCGUUGAUCAACGUAUACAACUUCAGUUACUGGAGUCUGUUUAACGUUCUUCACGUACCUUGCACCCAGGUUCCGCUGGGACUGAACUCGGAAGGAGUUCCUUUGGGUAUUCAAGUGGUUGCAUCACGUAAUCGGGAUAAGGAUUGCCUGGCUGUUGCUAUGGAAUUGGAGAGAGUCUUUGAUGGAUGGGUACCUCCAUUUACAGUUGUGUAGAGGGAAUAGCAAAUUCUCUCAUGUUUUUCUACUAAUUUUGUUAAUUUGGUAUUAUGACGAUGGGUUCCCUUGGUGGUAGUAUUGCAAUUAUAUUAAUUUCUAGAUAUAAUUCUGACAAUUGGCUGUUUAAAACAUU